UAUUCCCUUCACCGGCGAGUUCGCCGGAAUGGCAGAACACAAACACGUAAUUACAGUUGGCGGAAAAGGCUCGUCACUCUCAUCAUCUUCCGUCUUCCAAAUAUCCAACGGACUCAGUCGCCUUAACAUUGACUCUUCAGCACUCUCCAAAGCAUCAUCCUCCAAUUCUAAAACCAACAAAACAAACACGCCUACACAAUCUUCCACAUUGUCAAUCCUCAGUAACUUAACACCCGAGGAAUCUAAAGCCUCUCUCGUAGUUCUCCUAAACAAGCUCUUACUCUCUUCUUCAACUCCCGCAACUAUCACUCAACUUUCUGACAUCAUCCUUAAUGAUGUGACCUAACAACAUUUAAAUGUUGACGGCGUUUCCUCAGGUGAUUUAACUGUAGCAGCAAUAUCUGGAAUCUCUGCUAUCUUAGACCAUAGAAGUUCAGCUUUGUGUGUUAUUGUUGAUGCUAUUGCUGCUUUGUCUUGUGAGGCAUUGGGAGCCGAUAUUUCAGCUUUUAACUUGAAUGAUUCUGGUGAUGGUUCCUCUGAUAAGGACGUUGUUUCCGUGGCUGCUGAUUUGAAGAUCUUGCUUAACGGUUCGAAGUUCGUUAACCGUGAAAGUGAUGAACCCGCCGUAUCUGAUGUUCCCGUAGCUCAUGGAAAAUUUAGAGAGAUUUCCCGGCGUUUGCAUUCCAGUACACGUGUCCAAUUGAACUCUGCCAUUGUAUCCAAUUUGGGAUCUAAUGGUACAGCCAGGGCAAUGUGUGCCACAUUGUUUUCUUUGGCUGUGGUCCUCAAGGAUUUGGGUAACAUCAGUUAUAACCGAGCAAAACACAUUGUUGAUUCGCGCAUUACUGGAGAUGAUGAAUUUUGUGCAAUGCUGUUAAAAGAAUGUCCUCGACCUGAUCAGCUAAAAGCGCUAUUCGUGUCUUUGGUGUCAGCUCAUUCGGAGGAGGAAUAUGUUAAGUUUGCACAUGAUGUCAGCUCUUUACUGGGGAUGGUAGAGCAAAUAAUUUCAUGGGAGGCCCUGGCUGCUUUCGUAUCCCUCGAAGGAGGACUUCUGAGAGGUCAGACGCCCAGUAAUACGAGUGUAGGAGAGGAUAGUGCAAAGGCAGCUAAGAAAGGAGGAAAGAAAAAGAAGAUUCUGGGUAAAGGUACCACAGCUCUGGUGCAGAUUUUGAAGGAUAGGCUGUUGAGCGAAGCAUCCCAGACCGUCAGGGUUUUGGGGGAUUUAGUUCACCAUUUCUUGUCGCUACUGGACCCGAAGGACUCGGGAUUUGACACUUUACUGAGAAAGGUGAAAGACAUCGUGGAAAGCAAUGAAAGCCGCCGAUUGCCUAAACUCCCAAAGGGAACUCGUGAUUUUGCAAAGGAACAGAUGGCUAUAAGAGAGAGAGCUUUCUCAAUUAUAGUUGAGGUUUUCAAAAGGCAUGGUGCUUCUGCUUUGGAUACUCCUGCUUUUGAAAUGCGAGAGACUCUGAUGGGAAAAUAUGGAGAAGACUCAAAAUUGAUAUAUGACCUUGCGGAUCAGGGGGGUGAACUUUGCUCUCUUCGUUAUGACCUGACAGUUCCGUUUGCCAGAUACGUAGCAAUGAAUGGUCUGACAUCCUUCAAGCGUUAUCAGAUAGCUAAGGUGUACAGAAGAGAUAAUCCGUCUAAGGGUAGAUACAGAGAAUUCUACCAAUGUGAUCUUGAUAUAGCUGGUCAGUUUGAGAAGAUGAUGCCUGAUUUUGAGGUCAUAAAGAUUUUGACCGAGUUGUUAGAUGAGCUUGAUAUUGGAGAGUAUGAGGUAAAGCUUAAUCACAGAAAGCUGCUUGAUGGUAUGUUAGCUAUAUGCGGGGUGCCACAAGAGAAGUUCAGAACAAUUUGUUCAAGCAUUGACAAGCUAGAUAAACAAUCGUUUGAGCAGAUAAAAAAAGAAAUGGUGGAUGAGAAAGGCUUAAGUAAUGAGAUGUCAGACAGAAUUGGUACAUUUGUCAAAUGGAGGGGACCUCCUGUGGAAUUAUUAUCUAAGCUCAAGCAGGAACGCAGUUUUUUGGAGAACAAUGAAUCUUCACUUGCAUUGAAUGAAUUAGAGAUUAUGUUUAAAGCUCUUGAGAAGUCCAAGUGUAUUGACAGAGUGGUUUUUGACUUGAGCCUUGCAAGAGGCCUUGAUUACUACACAGGAGUCAUAUUUGAAGCUGUCUUUAAAGGAGAGACUCAGGUUGGUUCGAUUGCUGCUGGUGGACGUUAUGACAAUCUAAUAGGGAUGUUUGGCACACGGCAGGUUCCUGCUGUUGGGAUUAGUCUGGGAAUAGAGAGAGUAUUUGCAAUCAUGGAACAGCAGAAAGACAAGAAUCAGGAAAUCCGUGCCACUGAAACUCAAGUUCUCGUUAGCAUUCUUGGUGAUGAUAGUGCUUUAGCUGCUGAGCUGGUUGGUGAAUUGUGGAAUGCUAAAGUGAAAGCGGAAUUCAUGAUACAUAAAAAAGUGAUGAAACAUAUUGACCGGGCCAGAGAUUCGAGGAUCCCUUGGAUGGUAAUUGUUGGUGAGCGCGAACUUAGCGAAGGAGUUGUUAAAUUGAAGGACGUUAAUGCAGCUAUUGACUAUGAGGUCCCCAGAGGUAAGCUUGUGGACGAUCUAUGCAAACGAUUAGGCAUGUAAUUUCUUGAGUUCUUAGUAUUGUUAGAUUGAAACAAGCUUACAUUUUGUUUUUUUUUUUUUUUUUUUCUUUUUUUUUUUUUUUUGUUGGAGGGGGGGGGGUUGGGGGUGCAUUGGCCCUACUUGUCCCCAUUAAUCCACAAGACAUUACAUUUUUCAGAACCCAUUACGUGUGAAAUAAACUAAAGCGAGACGAUGUAAGUUCAUUUUACAGUGAGAACACUCCUUCCUAUUAACACUCGGUCUAACUUUAAAUAAUAUCAAUAUGUACAAAAGAACUACUGUGAAUUA